AUGGUUUCUGGCUGUGAGAGAGAAAGACUCUGUUCUCUGGAGAUUAAAGUAAAGAUAACAACAGGCACCUCCUUGGACACCAAAGCCAAAAUUCUCAAAGUGACUGACUCAUAUUUAAGGUGGAAGAUACAGCCAAAGGAGUUUAAGGAUGUUUAUGAUCCGAGUGCACUUCCUAAGGUUACUUAUCUGCUCUAUGAAAUCAGAUGGGUGAAGAGCACCAAGAUAUGGAGAAACUGGUACCGAAACACCUACACCCAUCAUGCUGAAGUCAACUUCCUGGAAAAUGCCUUCAAGGAAAGAUCUCUGAAUCCUUUGACUCACUGCUCUGUCACCUGGUUCCUGUCCUGGAGUCCUUGUUGGAAAUGCUCCCAAUCUGUGGUAGAGUUUCGGAAGGCAUAUCCCAAAGUGAACCUAGAAAUAUAUGUAGCGCGGCUCUUUCGGCAUGAAGAAGAAUGCAACCGUCAAGGCCUUCGUGACCUGGUGAUGAACGGAGUCACCAUAAGAGUCAUGAACCUCUCAGCUUACAACUAUUGUUGGAGAACAUUUGUCAGCCAUCAACAGGGAGAUGAUUACUGGCCGUGGCACCUCACCCCAUGGAUAAUGUUCUUUUCUUUUGAACUCCAGUUGAUCCUUCAGGGAUUUCGAGACAGCUUACAGAUCUGCCCAGCAAGAAGCAACCAGAUUCCGAGUUGUAGUCUUAUUCAACCAGACCAUCAUAAUGACUGUGGCAGCACUAAACCACUAAUGACCUACUGUGAGACAAAAGUGUCACCUCAGCAAUAUUGA